AGUUCCUGAAAUGCAACUUCUUCUUUCUCACCUCCCCUCAUCUAGAGUGGGGGGUAAAGUAAAACAAUACUUUGAAUGUGUUUCAGAGUUUGCUCUUGACUGCUUGAGGGUUUCAGGUGUUCUGCUGCCUCCUGGUUUGUAACAAAUAUGGCUGAAAUCACACCAACACCAGAAGAUUAUUGGGUGAGUUGAUAUUAACCUCGUUUUUCCCUGUGAUUUGUCUCUUUUUGCACAUUUUCUCACAUGUACAAUGUAGUUUUUGAGAUGUGAUUUGCUGAGUUGUGAAACAGUUUUUACACGAUUUUGUCUUUGGCCUUCAUGUGAAAAAAGAAAAUCCCUCUGAAUCUGCAGACAGUUGAAAGAAAAAUGUAAAAAAAUAAUUUCUGGAUGGGAUAGGUGAAGCAGCAGAGUACUUGGUACAUCCAUCAGCUUUUGAAAUAUAUAUUUUUAUUCACCAAAUUCUUGAGCAGGUUUCAUUCACUACAUAAAUCUGUAGGACAUUUAAUAAAGAAAGCUUUUGAGUAACGCUCGAGUGAAAUAGAGAACUUGGUUUCCUGGUUUCCUCCUACUGAGUUUUACAUAGUGCUUAGAAGAUUUUAUUUUUAUUCUGCAUACUUCUAAGAAUUUAACAGAGCUCUUCCUCUCUCAUGUUCACAGGAUCUUGGUGAUUACGACAAUUACACCUCACCUCCCGAUGCUUACAGGAGUCAUGCAGUCCCAUGCUCACAGGAAGGCAUCUACAGUUUUGCACAGAAGUACUCUCCUGCAGUUUACAGCCUGGUGUUCAUUCUGGCCUUAGUGGGCAACAUCCUGGUGCUGUGUGUGAUCCGUCGCUAUCGUAACUCUCAGAGCGGUGGACCCUGUGCCUUCUCUCUGACUGACACCUUCCUCCUACACCUUGCUAUUUCUGACCUCCUGUUGGCCUUCACUCUGCCCCUGUUUGCAGUGCAGUGGAAUCAGGAGUGGGUGUUCGGAGUGGCUGCCUGCAAGAUCUCCGGCGCAGUCUUCACCCUGAACCGCUACAGUGGCAUCCUCUUCCUUGCCUGCAUCAGCUUCGACAGAUACCUGGCCAUCGUUCAUGCGGUCAGCCCCGGUUGGAAGAGGAACACCUGCCAUGCGCAGGUUACAUGUGCCAUUAUAUGGGUGGCCUGUCUGGGCCUGAGUGGAGUGGACAUUACCUUCAAACAGGUGGAUGAGGUGGAGAUCGAAGGUAAACAGAAGGUGCUCCUCUGCCGUAUGUUGUUUGAUGAGAACUCCCCAGAGUGGCAGGCCGGGACACAGAUGGUCAGCGUGAUCCUGGGUUUUGGGCUCCCCCUUCUAAUCAUGCUCUACUGCUACAUCCGCAUCUUCAGGUCUCUCUGCAAUGCCUCUCGCCGUCAAAAGCGCAAAUCCCUCCGCCUCAUCAUCUCCCUAGUGUCUGUGUUUGUCCUCUGCUGGGCGCCGUACAACUGCUUCCAGCUGGUGGACAGUCUGCACUGGCUCGGUUAUGUGUCUGGGGGUUGCGAGUUUGGUCGUGUGGUGGACAUUGGGACUCUGAUCACUGAGAGUAUGGGGUUGUCUCACUGCGCUCUGAACCCGCUGCUGUACGGCUUUGUGGGGGUGAAAUUCAGGCGGGAGCUGGUCAGAAUGUGUAAGGGGCUGCUGGGACAGAGGGGCUUGCUGGGGAUGGAGGGAUGGAGGAAGAGAAAGAACCGGAAACCUAAUGGAUCAUUCAGCUCGGCAGAAAGCGAGAAUACAUCAUACUCAGUCAUGGUGUGAAAAAGACAGGAAAUUAAGAGUCAGAUAAAGAGUGUGUGUGUGUGUGUGUGAGUGUGUGUGAAUGUGCGGCUUUGAGUGUGAGGGGAGAUUCAUUUUUUUUAAGACUUUCAAAUCUUCUCCAUCACUGCUUUGCAGUCUUCCUGUUGGUUUUGUGCAGAUUGCAUCUUUUUUUUUCUUAUUGUACCAAAAGUAAAAUCAUGAAGUAAUGAACAGAAUGACACAUCCUUUACGCUGAUACUUUCAUCUGAACUUCUCUAAAAGACCCCGAUGUUUUUUGCUCUACAUAAGUCAAAUCUUGUGAAACAUCUGGAUUUCUUCAUACUCACAGAAAAAAAAAAGCUUGCUAAGCACUUAAAGUCAAGACUGUGGCUUCAGAAGUCAGACUCACAGUGUCUCUCGCUCUUUGACAUUUCUUUCAUCAGAUUUCACAGCUUGACAAAGAACAAGGUUCAGCGUUAAAGAAGAAAUAAGGAAAUAGUGGUAUUUCUUUCAAAGUUGUGAAUGUUGAAGUUUUCGUUUCUUGUUUCUUUUUUCAUGAUACAGCUGUUCUCUCAGUUGUGUGCAUCAAAUCUGAACUUUGUCCUGUAAAAAGUGGAAAUGAAAACAGGACGAUUAUUUUAAAUGCUAUGUUCAUCAAAAUCCAAUCUUUUUUGUGGUGUUCAAAGCUUUUUUUUUAAUAAAUAUUUUUGGAAUAAAA